AUGUCUCAGUGAGGUGGUACUUAUUAUUCAAUAAAUUUCUCCAUAGCUGCUAGGCUAAGAAAGUUUUUAUAUGAGUGUAUUAUAACUAUUAAUUGUUUUGUGUUAACUACUGUAGUCUGUGGCUUAGUAAUAGCGCUAAGCUCAGGACGUGUUGUGGGACAUUGUCGAAAAUACCUUAAGAAUGAGCUCUUAGAGGCUAUUUGAACUAUUGUACCUGCUUUUUUAAUUUAUUUAAUUGCUUCUAUAAGUUUCUAUGUUUUAUAUAUAAAUGGCGAGCAUAAGGAGCCUACCUUAUUCCAUAGUGUAAUUACUGGCCAUCAAUGGUAUUGAACAUAUCAAUAUGCUAUAAUUGAUGAGAUGGGCAAAUUCUUUGGAUUUGAGCAUGAUUCUUAUGCCCUAUUAAAUGAUGUCCCCUCAACUAGAGAUGAUGACACAGUCUUAAGAAAGGGAGAUACCUAUUUACUUGAUGUUGAUGCUCCUUUUGUGAUUCCUCAAGGAAUGCCUGGUGAACUUCUGGUUACUAGAGAUGAUGUGAUCCAUUCCUGAAGUGUGCCAGCAUUAGGGAUUACAGUUGAUGCUGUUCCAGGUCGACUUAAUCGGAGGCCUAUUUUAGCUAGAACUGUGGGAGUAGCCUAUGGACACUGUCGAGAGUUAUGUGGGGUUAAUCAUUUUAUGAUACCUAUUUGUGUAGAGAUUGUUACUCCUGCUACCUAUUUAAAAUUUAUAAAAUUAGAAGAAAUUGAAGAGUAA